UGCCGCGUCCUCCGGGCAUGGAAGGAGGCGGCAAGCCCAACUCCUCGUCUAACAGCCGGGACGAUGGCAACAGCGUCUUCCCCUCCAAGGCGCCCGCGACGGGCGCGGGGCCGGCCGCGGCCGACAAGCGCCUGGCCACCCCGCCUGGGGGUGGAGGGGCCGGCUCGAAGGAGCACGGCAACUCCGUGUGCUUCAAGGUGGACGGCGGCGGCGGCGGCGGCGAGGAGCCGGCGGGGAGCUUCGAGGACGCCGAGGGACCUCGUCGGCAGUAUGGCUUCAUGCAGAGGCAGUUCACCUCCAUGCUGCAGCCUGGGGUCAACAAAUUCUCCCUCCGAAUGUUUGGCAGCCAGAAGGCGGUGGAGAAGGAGCAGGAAAGGGUUAAAACUGCAGGCUUCUGGAUUAUCCACCCUUACAGUGAUUUCAGGUUUUAUUGGGAUUUAAUAAUGCUUAUCAUGAUGGUUGGAAAUCUGGUCAUCAUACCAGUUGGAAUCACAUUCUUUACAGAGCAAACAACAACACCAUGGAUUAUUUUCAAUGUGGCAUCAGAUACCAUUUUCCUGUUGGACUUGAUCAUGAAUUUUAGGACUGGGACUGUCAAUGAAGACAGUUCUGAAAUCAUCCUGGACCCUAAAGUGAUCAAGAUGAAUUAUUUAAAAAGCUGGUUUGUGGUUGACUUCAUCUCAUCAAUCCCAGUGGAUUAUAUCUUCCUUAUUGUAGAAAAAGGGAUGGAUUCAGAAGUUUACAAGACAGCCAGGGCACUGCGCAUUGUGAGGUUUACAAAAAUUCUCAGUCUCUUGCGCUUAUUGCGACUUUCAAGGUUAAUUAGAUACAUACAUCAGUGGGAAGAGAUAUUCCACAUGACAUAUGAUCUCGCCAGUGCAGUGGUGAGAAUAUUUAAUCUCAUCGGCAUGAUGCUGCUCUUGUGUCACUGGGAUGGCUGUCUUCAAUUCUUGGUACCACUUCUUCAGGAUUUCCCACCAGAUUGUUGGGUGUCUCUAAAUAAAAUGGUUAAUGAUUCUUGGGGAAAACAGUAUUCAUAUGCACUCUUCAAAGCUAUGAGCCACAUGCUAUGCAUUGGGUAUGGAGCCCAAGCCCCAGUCAGCAUGUCAGACCUCUGGAUCACCAUGCUGAGCAUGAUUGUAGGGGCCACCUGUUACGCCAUGUUUGUUGGUCAUGCCACGGCAUUAAUCCAGUCUUUGGAUUCUUCAAGGAGGCAGUAUCAAGAGAAGUAUAAGCAAGUGGAACAAUACAUGUCCUUCCAUAAAUUACCAGCAGAUAUGCGUCAGAAGAUACAUGAUUACUAUGAACACAGAUACCAAGGCAAAAUCUUUGAUGAAGAAAAUAUUCUCAAUGAACUUAAUGAUCCUCUGAGAGAGGAGAUAGUCAACUUCAACUGUCGAAAAUUGGUGGCUACCAUGCCUCUUUUUGCCAAUGCGGAUCCUAAUUUCGUGACUGCCAUGCUGAGCAAGUUGAGAUUUGAAGUGUUUCAACCAGGAGAUUAUAUCAUACGAGAAGGCGCCGUGGGUAAAAAAAUGUAUUUCAUUCAACAUGGUGUUGCUGGUGUCAUCACAAAAUCCAGUAAAGAAAUGAAGCUGACAGAUGGCUCUUACUUCGGAGAGAUUUGCUUGCUGACUAAGGGACGUCGCACUGCCAGUGUUCGAGCUGAUACAUAUUGUCGUCUCUAUUCCCUUUCGGUGGACAAUUUCAAUGAGGUCCUGGAGGAAUAUCCAAUGAUGAGAAGAGCCUUCGAGACAGUGGCCAUUGACCGACUAGAUCGGAUAGGCAAGAAAAACUCCAUUCUUCUACAAAAGUUCCAGAAGGAUCUGAACACUGGUGUUUUCAACAAUCAGGAGAAUGAGAUCCUGAAGCAGAUUGUGAAACAUGACAGAGAGAUGGUGCAGGCAAUCGCUCCAAUCAAUUAUCCUCAAAUGACAGCCCUGAAUUCGACAUCUUCCACCACUACCCCAACAUCGCGCAUGAGGACACAAUCUCCACCGGUGUACACAGCGACUAGCCUGUCUCACAGCAACCUGCAUUCCCCGAGUCCCAGCACACAGACACCCCAACCAUCGGCCAUUCUCUCACCAUGCUCCUACACCACUGCGGUCUGCAGCCCUCCUGUACAGAGCCCGCUGACCACGCGAACUUUCCACUAUGCCUCCCCGACUGCUUCCCAGUUGUCACUCAUGCAGCAGCAGCAACAGCAGCAGCAGCAGCAGCUGCAGCAGUCCCAGGCUCCGCAGACUCAGCCACAGCAGCAGCAGCCACCACAACAGCCACAGACACCCAGCAGCUCCACACCGAAAAACGAAGUGCACAAGAGCACGCAGGCGCUUCAUAACACCAACCUGACCCGAGAAGUCAGGCCCCUUUCGGCCUCGCAGCCCUCGCUGCCCCAUGAGGUGUCCACUCUGAUCUCCAGACCUCAUCCCACUGUGGGCGAGUCCCUGGCCUCCAUCCCCCAACCCGUGGCAGCCGUCCAUGGCACAAGCCUUCAGGCAGGGGGCAGGGGCACAGUCCCUCAGCGAGUCACCCUCUUCCGACAAAUGUCUUCGGGAGCCAUUCCCCCCAAUCGAGGAGUCCCUCCUGCACCCCCUCCACCAGCAACCGCUCUUCAGAGGGAGCCUUCCUCAGUCUUAAACACAGACCCAGAUGCAGAAAAGCCACGAUUUGCUUCAAAUUUAUGAUCCCUGCUAAUUGUCAAAGCAGAAAGAAAUACUCUAAUAAACUGAGAGUA